GCUUCGACUCUGCCGGUUGUGCGGUUUGCUGUUUUUGUGCGUAAUCUUUGGAAAAGCUAAUUGAUUAGAGCCAUGUUCCACGCCAGUCUAGUGGGACUGCUCCUCCUGUGGGCGGUGGCUGCCCAAGGAAACGAUAAUCUCCGCGUGGCCUACGAGUGGCGAGAGAUGGACUUCAAAUACGCCAGUCCGGAUCAGAGGUGGUCAGCCAUCGAACGCGGCGAGUUCAAGCCGGCCAAUGUGAUACCCUUUGGCCUGGAGGUGGCCGGUCAUCGACUCUUUGUCACCCUGCCGAGAUGGCGGGCCGGAGUGCCGGCCUCGCUGGGAUACCUUGAUCUUAAUGACACUUCCAGCAAGAUGCCCGCUCUGAAGCCCUUCCCCAGCUGGCAGGCUCAUAGUCAGUUGGAAGCCGAGCCGGAGUUGGUCUCCCCUUUCCGUGUGAAAGCCGAUCGUUGUGGUCGACUCUGGGUUCUGGAUUCUCGCAUCUCUGGGGUCCUGGACAAGACCAAAAUCUAUGGAGCACCUCAGCUGCUGGUCUACGAUCUGCACAAUGACGAUCUGCUCAGACGACAUGUUCUACCCGCUGAUCAGGUGAAGCAGGCCUCUCUAUUCGCCAAUCUGGCGGUGGAGGAUUCUGACUGCGAGAAUAGCUACGCCUACGCUGCGGAUCUGGGUAAUCCUGGCCUGGUGGUGUACUCAUGGAAGGACCAGGAGUCGUGGCGAGUUCAGCAUCAUUACUUCCAUCCGGAUCCGAUGGCCGGUAACUUUAGCAUCAAUGGCAUUGACUUCCAGUGGGAUGAUGGUCUCUAUGGUCUGACCCUGUCGAAGCCCUUGGAAUCGGGCUACUCCACGCUGUACUUCCACCCACUUUGCUCGAACAUGGAGUUUGCUGUGGAUACGGGAAUACUGAGAAACAAAACCCUGGCCACCUCACCUGAGAUUUAUCGGGAGUUUAAGGUUCUGGGAUCCAGGGGCAUUAAUACCCAAGCUGGCGCUGAGUUCUUGGACCCGGAGACGGGUGUCCUCUUCUACACUCUGCCCAAUCUCAAUGAAGUGGCCUGUUGGCGCACAGCCACCGAUUUCACCCACAGCUCCCAGAGCCGCAUCUACAUGAGCAACGAGACUCUGGUCUUUCCCAGUGACAUCAAGGUGGAUGACCAGAAACGCCUGUGGGUUUUAUCCAAUCAGCUGCCAGUGUUUAUCUAUGACGAGCUUUACGCCGGCUCGAUUAAUUUCCGAAUUUUAACUGCCAGUGUCAAGGACGCCAUCGAGAACACCGCCUGCGAGAUUAGAACCUCUCCCUUGCCGGAUAUAAUUAACAAGUUUGGUGACAUUCUCAAUACCAACAUUAAUUUGAAGACCACUUCAGGUGCUUCUCUUACGCAAGUGAGCUCUCUGCUGUUCAUUGGUCUUAGUUUGCUGAUGAGCUUAAGAAUUUAGAUUUAAGUAUAGUAAUACUCACUCAAAUAUUUUCACAGUUUCAUGAGUAUGAAAAAGCCUUUUAAGCAAAGAAUAAAAGUAUUUGAAUAUUGUUACAAGUUUUAUAAAGAAAUAUUUUAAUUUUUGGAAGUUACAUUAAUGUAAAUCUUUCUAAAACAUACAAAAUACAUUUAUUUGAGUGCAGUUGUAUUGUAAUAAGUUAUAGGCUAAGGAAAUUGUAACGCUGUAUGUAAUGUUGAUUAAAUUUAAGAAGUGAA